AUGCACUGGGACCGGGGAUUCACCACCAUAAACUUGCUUCCAGGUCCCAGGCGACUCUUCCUCCACACAACCACACACACAAUCAUACUCCUCUCAACCACGCAAACCCAACCAUCAUCCCACAAUCCUCUUCGCGCUGCACCUCGUGGACGAAACACAUUUUACGCUGUUUCAGUAGCCCGAGUCAUCCAAAAACGACACAAACAUUUCGCAAUCGCGCAACCCACGAACAACGCACCACUACCACCAACCACCAACCACAUCCCUCGACUUUCCUGCACCGAAACUCUGCCCGAGUCCCGGUCAUCCAUCCACACUUCCAACCAGCUGCCCUCCGGCCACGGAACCCACGACGAACCCCCACGCGACAAGUGA